AUGCGUUCCUCUAAGUCUUCCUACCAACAUGACGAAGUUGCGAAAACAAGUUCAAACAACAUCGUAAAACAACGAAAGGAGACUGCGACCCCACAAAAGGCCACACCAUCUUGGUCUUCAUACCUUCGCGAAAAGGAAGUAAAGUCCUCUCAAGUGAUUCGGCUCAUGUUUCGGGCUACAUCGGUCCAGCCUCGUUACGCCAUCAGCUUUCUCCUCCAGUUCACGGACAACUGGUACUACACACUCACUCGCACGCCUGACUCAUGUACUCUGGCUUCUAGCCCCUCAAAUCCUCGCCAGGCGAUCCACCAACCAUCGCCUCGGCACACAAGGAUGAGUCAUCACUCAGGCACCAAUCAGAAGCCGACCUUUACUCCCGUCUGA